AUGCCCGGAGAGAUCACUUAUGAAGAUGCAAUAGGAGUGCCCAGAGAGAUCACAUAUGAAGAUGCAAUAGGUGUGCUUGGAGAGAUCACAUGUGAAGAUGCAAUAGGAGUGCCCAGAGAGAUCUCAUAUGAAGAUGCAAUAGGUGUGCCCAGAGAGAUCACAUGUGGAGAUGUAAUAGGUGUCCUUGGAGAGAUCUGGGCAAGGGAUGCAAUAGGUGUGCCCGGAGAGAUCACAUGUGAAGAUGCAAUAGGUGUGCCCGGAGAGAUCACAUGUGAAGAUGCAAUAGGUGUGCCCGGAGAGAUCACAUGUGAAGAUGCAAUAGGUGUGCCCGGGGAGAUCACAUGCGAAGAUGCAAUAGGUGUGCCCGGAGAGAUCACAUAUGAAGAUGCAAUAGGUGUGCCCGGAGAGAUCACAUGUGAAGAUGCAAUAGGUGUGCCCGGAGAGAUCACAUAUGAAGAUGCAAUAGGUGUGCCCAGAGAGAUCACAUGUGAAGAUGCAAUAGGUGUGCCCAGAGAGAUCUGGGCAAGGGAUGCAAUAGGUGUGCCCGGAGAGAUCACAUGUGAAGAUGCAAUAGGUGUGCUUGGAGAGAUCUGGGCAAGGGAUGUUAUAGGUGUGCCCGGAGAGAUCACAUGUGAAGAUGUAAUAGGUGUGCCCGGAGAAAUCACAUAUGAAGAUGCAAUAGGUGUGCCCGGAGAGAUCACAUGUGAAGAUGUAAUACGUGUGCCCGGAGAGAUCACAUAUGAAGAUGUAAUAGGUGUGCUUGGAGAGAUCUGGGCAAGGGAUGCAAUAGGUGUGCCCGGAGAGAUCACAUGUGAAGAUGCAAUAGGUGUGCCCAGAGAGAUCACAUUUAAAGAUGUAGUAGGUGUGCUUGGAGAGAUCUGGGCAAGGGAUGCAAUAGGUGUGCCCGGACAGAUCACAUGUGAAGAUGCAAUAGGUGUGCCCGGAGAGAUCACAUGUGAAGAUGCAAUAGGUGUGCUUGGAGAGAUCACAUGUGAAGAUGCAAUAGGUGUGCCCGGAGAGAUCACAUGCGAAGAUGCAAUAGGAGUGCCCGGAGAGAUCACAUGUGAAGAUGCAAUAGGUGUGGCCGAAGAGUUCACAUGUGAAGAUGCAACCGGUGUGCCCGGAGAGAUCACAUGUGAAGAUGUAAUAGGUGUGCCCAGAGAGAUCACAUGUGGAGAUGUAAUAGGUGUCCUUGGAGAGAUCUGGGCAAGGGAUGCAAUAGGUGUGCCCGGAGAGAUCACAUGUGAAGAUGCAAUAGGUGUGCCCGGAGAGAUCACAUGUGAAGAUGCAAUAGGUGUGCCCGGAGAGAUCACAUGUGAAGAUGCAAUAGGUGUGCCCAGAGAGAUCACAUGUGAAGAUGCAAUAGGUGUGCCCGGGGAGAUCACAUGCGAAGAUGCAAUAGGUGUGCCCGGAGAGAUCACAUGUGAAGAUGCAACCGGUGUGCCCGGAGAGAUCACAUGUGAAGAUGCAACCGGUGUGCCCGGAGAGAACUGGGCAAUACAUUCCAGAGUUGUGCCCGAGAGGUCGCAGGCGGAGACUCGACAACAAUACCCGUGCUGA